AUGGGCGAGGUCGGUGAACGAGGAAGCGAAGCUGCGGACGAGCCAGGCCGCGAGUCACGUGGACAAGUCAGAAGUGCGUCGCUGCAGCGGCAGCUGUUCCAGAACGGCGGGAGCGAAGUGGACCAGCUAGGACUCGAACCCGAGACCGCUGCGAACAUGUCGGGAGUCCUCAGGGACGGGAGAGGUGAUGGCGCCGAAGGAGCUGGGGAAGGAGCGGAAGGGAUUGCAGCUGGGGGGGGUGCUGAGGGUGGGGAAGCAGGGGAGGCAGGGGAGGGAGGGGAGGGAGCGUACGAGGAUGACGAGGCGUUUGCUCGUGCGUUGCAGGAGGAAGAAGAGCGCGAGAUGGCUCGCAGGCUGUUCGCCAUGGCUGGGCUGCAACUGAGCGACGGUCGAGGGUCGAGCUCGAGGAGGAGAGCGGAGAUGCUGGCAGCAGCGCAUGGCGUCGCCUGGCCUUUCGGCGAGGGAGAGGGUGAUGAGGAGUCGGAGGAGGAGGAUUCAGAGGAGGAGGAUGGGGAGGAUGAGGAUGCACUGGAUGUGGACGAGAUGACGUACGAGGAACUGACUGCUCUGGGAGAGGUGAUUGGAACAGAGAGCAAGGGGCUGGCGCAAGCAACCAUUGACGCACUGCCACGUGUUGCGUACAGCACCAAGACCCCCCUGAGGCGAGGCGAGGACAUGUGCGCCAUUUGCCAGCUGGAGUAUGAGGAAGGGGAGGAGUUGCUGCUGCUGCCGCCGUGCCACCAUUCAUACCAUGAGGCCUGUGUCUUGCAAUGGCUGGGGCGGAACAAGGUUUGUCCUGUCUGCAAGGAGGAGGUGCAACAGCCCCCAAAUUAA